AUGAAGAUGCACUACCUUUCCCUCGUGGUUGGCAUUUUCGUUUGUCUCUGUGCGGCUGCUCCCACUGGUGUUACGUACUCACUUCAUGAAAAACGCUCUGCUUUUCCGAAGUCAUGGGUAAGAAGUAAUCGCGUGGAGAGCGAUUCCAUCUUACCAGUCCGAAUUGGUUUGACCCAAAACAACCUGGAGAAUGGAUAUGGGCAUCUCAUGGACGUUUCUCAUCCAGAUUCUCCGAACUUUGGAAAGCAUUGGACCCCGGAAGAAGUUCAUGAAAUGUUUGCUCCAUCCAAAGAGACUGUUGAAAUAGUUCGCGAGUGGCUUGUUGCAUCUGGAAUCGAAGAGAAAUCCAUUGUUCACUCUGAUAACAAGGGAUGGCUCGCUUUGAAUAUCCCCGCAUCGCAAGCAGAGGACCUCUUCAAGACAGAAUAUCACGAGCAUGUCCACUCUACUUCAGGGAAAGUUAGAAUUGGCAGUGACGAAUACUAUGUACCUGAUCAUGUCCGAGUACACAUCGACUACAUCUCUCCUGGAGUAAAACUUUCGGCACCACUAAAAAAGAACAAAGUGAAAAGGACUGUCGAAUCGAAAAGCCACCACAAACCAGGACCUGUCCAGUUUAAUCCACCGGAAACCCCUUAUGCUUUGAAAAUGCUCCCUGCAGCAGCCCAAUUGCCAGCGGAUUUGCAACACUGUGGAAUAAAUAUCACCACGGCUUGUUUGAAAGCACUUUAUGAUAUCCCGGAUGCCAACAUAACAGACGAUGUAAAUUCUAUGGGUCUAUAUGAGGCUGGCGACAUCUAUUCACAGGAAGACCUUGACUUGUUUUUCGCGGAAUAUGCCCCGAAUGUUCCUAAAGGGACUCAUCCCCUCCUGGAUUCUGUUGAUGGUGGUCAUGCACCAGUUGCUCCUGGUGAUGACUUUAACACUGGAGAGUCAGAUAUCGAUAUGGACAUCGCCUUCUCGUUGAUCUACCCUCAAACCGUGACACUAUAUCAAGUAGAUGACGACAUCGAAGCAGUGGAUGAUGGCGGCUUUAACGUCUUCCUCGAUGCGUUAGACGGUUCCUACUGUAACUCUACGGCAUAUGGAAUCACGGGAGACUCUCCGGGUAUUGAUCCGGUUUAUCCAGACCCGGCAAAAGGCGGCUAUAAAGGGGCUCUCCAGUGUGGCACCUUCACCCCGACGCGAGUAAUCAGUGUCUCAUACGGUGUCUCCGAAUUCGAUGCCCCAGUGAACUACACCAAACGACAGUGUGACGAAUUAUUGAAGCUGGGUCUGCAAGGUCAUACUUUCCUCUGGGCUUCUGGAGACUAUGGCGUCGCAUCCUUCCCAGGAGACGACACAGACUCGGGCUGCCUCGGCGACAAGGCAACCGUCUACAAUCCCAGCUUUCCCACGUGUCCAUAUGUAACAAACGUAGGAGCAACACGCCUUUACGAUAACCAAACAGUUCUCGACCCCGAGUCCGCUCUCCAAGCCGAUCUGGGGGCUGGCGCUGAGCUCUUUGCCUCCUCAGGAGGCUUCGCAAACUACUUCCCCGUUCCCGAUUACCAGAAAUCCGCUGUAGCAACCUACUUCGAUAAUCACGAUCCCGGACUUCCAUACUACACCGUGAACGCGGACGCCACGAACAUCGGUGCUGGUGGGGGUAUCUAUAACCGUGCAGGGCGUGGCUUCCCUGACGUAUCUGCCAACGGAGCGCAGAUGCGUGCCUUUAACAACUUGACAAAUGGUCAUUGGUACGGCACGAGUCUCUCGGCGCCGAUUUGGGGAAGUAUCAUCACGUUGAUCAAUGAGGAGCGGACAGCAGCUGGGAAGGGGCCGGUUGGGUUUAUCAACCCCACACUCUAUGCGAAUACAAACGUCUUCAAUGAUAUCAAGAACGGGAGCAACCCGGGAUGUGGGAGUAAAGGAUUUAGUGCUGUUGAGGGUUGGGAUCCGGUGACCGGGUUAGGUACGCCGCAGUAUCCCAAGUUAUUGGAGCUGUUUUUGAGCUUGCCAUGA